GCCCGUCGUCCACUCAGCGCUCAGCCUCGCCGCUAGCCUUGCCACGACAUCACGCUAGCUCACUGCGAUGUCAAGGUCGCACUGCGGAAGCUUCGCAUCGGACUCAUAGCGUCAAACACGGCCAAAAGCCUGUCACAUCUCGCUUGACAUGACGGGUACCGACGGUGUGAAUCCGCCGCCGCCGCCGCUGCCAAGACUCGCAAAGCUAGACACCGACCUGCCUGCGCUGGCCCAAGAUGAGCCUGCACAUCCCCUCGGUGAGCCAGCAGCAGUCGCUCAUACCGCUUCUGGGCCUGUGUCCAUCCUCGUCACGCCGACAGUCGAGUCGCGCUCAGCGUUCACGAACGAGCAGGCCAUCAAUCCAAGCUCGCUUGGCUCCCACAGGCUAGCGAAGAUACGAGAGAGCGAGCCCAGACGGCGAUCGUUUCAUCUCAAGGAUGCAGCCGUCAGAGGACUCAAGAAUCACGGGCACUCCCAGUCGAUGAUCGCAGUAGCCGACGAGGAGGACGAAGCCUCUGUCUCGCCCGUCGAUGGGCAUGACCAGCUACGCGAGCUCGCACGCUCGAGGAGUAUGCCCGGUGCAAGUCAGACCGCCUCACCCGCUCAGCACUACGUUCGCAGAGAGAACAGACGAGACAGUAACGCGCCCAGACCGCCACUGCAUGUCGUCGCAGGCGUCAGCCUGCCCUCGCGAGCUCAAAUCCAUGCUUACGGCCCACCCGAAUCUGUUCAGAACAUACAGAUGGAGUCCACCACCCGGUCAGCCUGGGAGAUACCGCCCGGCCUGAAGGCAUGGAUACCGCUCAUGAUCUGGGCAGCCGUCAGUCUGGCGUUUGCUCUCAUCGUUCUCGUCUGGCAUACCGAGGUCUUCUCAGGAUUGGAUCGUUUGUCUGCCUGGCUGAAGACGCUGGGUUUCAAGGGGUACUGCUACCUCUUCGGCCUAAUCUUUAUCACUACCAUGCCGCCGCUGCCACUCUACUCGACCCUGAUCAUCCUGUCCGGCUAUGCGUUCGGCAUGCCAACAGGUUUCGUCAUCUCCUACACCGCUGCUCUCUCGGGUGCGGUCGUGGUCUUUGUGCUGUCGCGAUAUUACUUUCGUCAGCAAAUGCUCAGCCUGCUAGACAAGUCGCCUGGGCUCAAGAAGGUCGUCAGAGCGAUAGAUCGCAAGCCUCGCCUGCUCUUUCUGAUUCGCUUUUCACCCUACCCUUACAACGUCAUGAACGUGAUACUGGCAUCAUCGGAAUGCCUGUCAUUCAAGACGUACACACUAUGUACCGCUCUAGCAUUGCCAAAGCUCGUCAUCCAUGUGACGAUUGGCUCGACGAUCCGCAACUUUUCGGCCUACCAUUCCGAUCAGCAGGCCAGUGGCGACGAUGUGCCAGACGAUGAUGCCGCUCGGGAGGCGAUCGAGCUCGAAGCAUCUGGCCGACGCCUCAAAGAAGUGGCAGGUACGAUCGGUCUCCUGCUCUGCAUAGGCUUGUUCGUUUACAUCCUGAUCGUGGCCCGCCGGGCAGUAGACGAGAUCGACGAUGUCGCUGAUUCGGAGCAACGACUCGGUCUCCUACCGCACGACGAGGUACGCUCGAGCGAUAGAACAACAAGCGAGCAUCAGGCUUUUCAGCUCGUCGAUAGCAAGAUCGACUCGCAGAUUAACGGAUCAUUAUCAACUGCAAAGGGGAGCAGAAGUCCCGCGACAGAAGAGCGAUGCGUCGGCUUCACUUGAUCAGCAUCUCGUGAUCCAUCGGAUGCAUGUAGAGCCUUCCGGAUCUGUGUGUAAGCUCGUGCAGUGACUGUUGUUGCGCCCAAAAUGUGUCCCUUGUAGAUGCUCACUCGCCACACGCCGUCGCGUCUUUUUCUCGUCGAUUCACCUCCGAAACCUGAG